AUGGAAGUUCGAAAACUUAAACACGUUAUCAAAGAACGUGCAAAAAAUGAAACUACUCCUGUUCCAAAAAUAUAUGAUGAAGAAACAGCGAGAUUUUGUUUAACAUCAUUGGCUAUUGCUAUCGUUCCAUUACAAAGAAAAAUAAGUAUUCGAAUUUUUGUUCUCCUCUUUCUGAAAGAAAUAAUUUUUAAAGAUAGUUCAUUGAAUAAAGCAAGACAUCUUCAAACACCUGUAAUACCGAAUUCUCAAAUUUUUGAUAUACCUGAUGCUUAUACAAAACCACUAAAAGGAGAAGAAAACAGGUUUAAUCAUUUGAUGAUUCAAAUGAAAGCCAGUCUUUCAAUUCGACCAAAAACUGCUAAAACACGAGCUAUACAACAAAGACUUGAUACUUUAUAUUCACGGUAUAACAAUAGUGAAAUUGGUGCGAUGAAACUUUUUGAUGGACUAUCGUAUGUCGUGGCUAAAAAAAUAUCAUCAAAAAAGAAGUAA